AGCCAUGCGGUUCAGAGUACAAUACAGACCAGGUAACUUCUCACUUAUGGUCACAAAUACCGCUUAGCUGGUCGUCCAACAGCGACCACCUUCAGACUCGACCGUUAUGAUGUGAAUGCUUCCUGAACGGCUUCAAGCUUGGAUCGGCUGUGCCAACGUAGUUAAUUAGUGUUCAGAUACCGAAGAAGGUCGACGAUACCUUGAUUUCUCGUCUACCAAGUCAAUCGAUCGGUAUUUGAAACCGUCCAUGACUUCUAAUCAUGGAAGCGUCUCAUAAUCCUGAUUCCUGUUGCCUAAAUUAAGUCGCUGCUGCCUCCUUCUCAUGCCGACGAAAUGGGGACGUGGCGAAGAGACUUCGGUUGCUGUAGCGGGCUUCGCCGGUUUCGCACAAUUUCUCUCAUCCUUCUGCCAUUCAUUCUGCUCGUCGCCGGAAUUUCUCUCGCAACAGGUGUAAAGUGCAAGCGAAACGAAUGCUCCAGCACCGUUACAAUCUCAUUCAUUACAGUCGCAUUCACAUGCCUCCUGCGUCUGUUUUGGGCCGUAGGCGCAGCAGCAGCUCAGGCAGCAGCUGCUGACGCGAUAACCGUAGCCGGCUCAGCGCAGGACUUCGCGUCUCUUAACGAGAGCGGGAAAUCGGCUUACAAGGAGGACGAAGCUCCUGGCAGAGGCGGAAGCAGCAGGGUCGCUGCUGCACGCGAGAAAAGCAGGAGAAGAGGAGCAGCAGGGAAAGCAGGAGGAGGAGGGGGGGGAGGGGCAGGGGGUGGGGAAGUGGGAGUGGGAGGGGGAGGAGGAGGAGGGGGAGGAGGGGGAGGAGGAGGCGGAGGAAUCAGCGGAGGGGGGGAAAAUGGCAGCGGGGGAGGAGGAGGCGGAUGGGACUUGGGAAAGAGUGGGAGUGAUGCGGAGUCUGACUGGGACGAGGAGCAGCAGGCCCUGCGGCUCUCGAGCUCCUUGUCUGGCAGUGCGAACAAGUCAGAACGCCAGCGUCACUACAGGGCGUGGGUGAGGUGGAGCAGGGUGGGCCAUGUGGUAACCCUGUUACAAACGGGCGCAUCUCUCUUCCUCACUGUGGCCGUCGUCCAAUCGAUGCUGGACUCUGACCUACCCUCAUGCCCCUUAAAGUUGGGCUAUCAAGGACCCUCGGCCUACCUCCUCCCAGUGGCUCUCCUCGUCCUUACCGCCAGCUGGAUUACCGUCGGUGGGCAGUGCUUAGCUGGCAGCGACGUGCUGAUGUGGCGGUCGUUCUAUGCCAUGCGGGACCGCGCGUGGCGGGCACACUAUCGGGAGAUGUUCAACUGGAGCAUCCGGGAGAUACUGUGUUGUAUGGGGCGGGCAAGACCCUGGGACGAGGUAGACGACGAGGUGGACAUAGUGGCAUCGCUGCUGGGGGAUGUGAUGGCGUACAGGGCUGUGGGGGCGAGCCACCUAGAGCUCCUGGCAGGACUAGCUCUCCUGCAAUCCAGUCGCCCGCUACCACCUGUCACCACCCACACCUCCUCCUCCUCUUACUCCACCCAUCUUGACACACUCCCAGCCACCACCGCAUCCACCCUCCUCUCCUCCACCCCUCCACCCUCUGCCUUCGACGCCUUGGACGCUGAUAGCAUCAACAGCACCACUGCCACCAGCAGCGCCACAGGCAGCACCGCAAGAGGCAUUGAGAGGAACACUGGAGCAGAGAGUGUUGGCUAUGAGGGGAGCAGCAGCAGCAGCAGUGAGAGGGCGAUGGAGGGGGGUCCUUUUACCUCCCGGCCUGUCCCUGUGCCGAUGGGCUUGAUUGAAGAGGCUGCUGCCCUGCUGCCGCUUGCUAUAGCUGCCUACACGGGUCCACUGUUGGAUAUCGGCCGCUACCCGUUCACCUUUGCAUGUGCAUGGGUGUGGAGGCAAGGCAUGUUCUUUCCAUGGCAGCAGUACAGGUACCCCGCGUUGCAAGGUGACAACUGGUGGAGGGGCCAUGCGUCGGCCUUCCUAAAGUACCUCCACCUUCCCCCAUCCGCCCUCAGAAAGGCGCGGGUCAGACAGGAAGCAGCGGGGCAGGCGGUGUACUUCGUGGUGGUGCUGCAUCAGCUGCGCUUGGUGGUGGUGGCAGUGAGAGGCACGGAGUCGCUAGAAGACAUGAUCAUAGACGGGCUGGGGAGGGAGUGUCCUCUGAGCGAUGCUGACAUGGCAGGCAUCGCAAGGUCGGAGCUCCAGCGCCCAUCAACAAGCGACAGGCUGGUGCCCUACUUUGGGCAUGCGGGGGUGGUGACAGCAGCAAGGGACCUGGCGUUACAGUUGGACAACAUGGGGGACUGGGGAGGGGAGGAGGGUAAAGCAGGAGGGGAGAGAGUGGAGGAUGGGGGAGGUGGGGAUGAAGAGGAGGGGUCGUUACUGGGGCGGAAGGAGAAGAAGAAAGCGAGAGGGAUCCUGUCCGAGCUGCUGGGGGAGGGGGGUGAGUGCGAGGGGUAUGGGCUGCGACUAGUGGGCCACUCCAUGGGUGGUGCUGUGUGCAGCCUCACAGCUAUCCGGUUACGGAAGCGCUUCCCAGAAGUGAGGGCGAUCGGCUACGGGUCCAUGCCCUGUGUUGACUUCGCCACUGCUUCUGCCUGCUCCAACUUCAUCACCACAUUUGUGUACAACGAUGAAUUCUCCCCACGAACCUCAGUGGCGUCUGUCAUGCGCCUCAGAGCAGCAGCCCUCAGAGCCGUUGCUGCAGACACCCGCGCAGGGGGACUCCUAGGCACGGCUGUAGCCGCCAUGGGGCCGGGCGCUCAGGCCAGGAGUGGGAUGAGGGCAGUGGCUGUGGAUCGGCUGCUGUCUCGGCUCUUCACACUGCCUUUUGGAGCAGGCAGAGGAGAUGCAGGUAAAGAGUUGGGUGGGGUGGGGGACGGAGGAGGAUUAGUAGUGCCAGAAUCAGGGUUCGGGAUCCCAAGUCAGGGGGAGCAGGAGCAGCAGCAGGAGCAGGAAGAGCAGGGCAAGCAGAAACUGCAACGGAUGGCGAGUUUCGCUCUGACUGCUGCAGCAUCAGCCGCUUCUGCUGCCGCCUCUGCUGCUUCUGCUGCCACGCAUUCUGCGCAGACCGCACUGCACCACGCCGCGCACCUCUCCACCCACCAGCACCGCUUUCCCUUCCACAGACACUGGGGGCAGCGGGAGGAGGAGGAGCCGGAGCAGCUGUUAAGGCACGGGGUGCACACGCCAAGGCAGUGGAAAGGCCUGGGCAUACUCCCUAGUGCUAAUAGACUUCAAAGUGCUGCUGGUGCUGGUGCUGGCGCCAGUGCUGGUGGUGCUGGUGCUGCUGGUGCUGUCGAUGGUAGUUAUGCAGCACCUGCUGGUGCUGGUGCUGUUGUUGCUGGCGCUGUUGCUAGUGCUGGUGCUGGUGCUGGUGCUGCUCCUGGUGCGAGUCGUGCAGUGGUUGCUGCUGGUGUGGGUGCUGUUGCUGCUGGCGGCUCUAGGCUGACAGGAUACGCCAAAGAGGACUAUGCAUCUCUCAUUGAUUACGCCCAAGCCAAGGGGGGCAAGGACGCACGGGAUUGGCUUAGAGAGAACGUCAUGCCACGUCAGCGGAGGAAACACCUCUGGGGGAAGUGGGGAGGGAGGAGAGGGGGGGAUAGGGGCGAGAAGAGGGAGGAGGGGGGCGACAGGGAAGGAACGAAAGGGAGGGUUGUGGGGGAGAGUAGUAUGAGGAGCAGUGGAGAGCGGUUAGAGGGAGUAGAGGAGGUGGAUGACGAGCCACAGUUGCAAGAGGAGAGGGCUGGUAUGGAGAGAUCUUCUGUAGGCGGGGUUAAUGCUGGUUCUUCCAAACCUAGAACCAAGCCUAUCCUUCGCAGGUCAUUUUCCGAUACUUCCUUUGCUAGAAGCUCGGUAGGUUCAGGUGGUUUGGCAAGAGGAGGAGCAGCAAGAGGAAUAGCAGUAGCAGCAGAAGGAGGAGGAGGAGCAGCAGAGAUCGUUGAGGAGUCAGGUGGAGUCAAGGCUGCUGGGGAUUUACUGGAUAACUUAUCGGGGGGAUCCGCAGGGGCAGAAUCUACAGUGGCACCUGCUACAGUGGCACCUGGUACAGUGCCAUCACUACCCACACACUCCCUUGCGUCACAGGCAGGAAACAGCUCGAAGAUAGGAGGAGGAGCCGGAGCAGGAGAAGGCGAAGUCAAGCAAGGGGAAAUGGCAGGGCAGAGCAGCAGUAUUUGCAGCAGCAAACCUGCAGUCAAGGAAUCACACCCCCCUGAGCCACAUGCUGGAAACAGCUGGGAGCAGGGAGCAGGAGCAGGGGUAGGCGAAGCCAGGCAAGGGAGAGUGGCAGGGCAGAGCAGCAGUAUUUGCAGCAGCAGCAGCAGCUCUUGGGGAAAGGGUAGUAGCAGUAGCAAUCGCAGCAGUGACAGCAGCAGGAGCAGCAGCAGCAGCAGUAACGGCAGCAGUCCGUGGGUGAAGUCAGCGCACGAGGUGCAAGGGGCGUGGUUCUUGGUGUCUGGGGUGGCUGGAUUUGUUGUAUCGGCCAGCAGGCACGGGCACUGCAGGACCAAGAUCGAGCUCCCUCCGCAGGAUUCCGAGGCGCCUCAACAUGCAGAUGCUGCUGCUGCUCCUCCUGCUGCUGCUGCUGCUGAUGCUGUGGCUGCUGGCGCUGGUGCUGCUGGCGUUGGUGCUGCUGGCGCUGCUACUGCUGCUGCUGGUGCUCCUGCGGAUGCUGCUACUGAUGCUGAUGCUGAUGCUCCUACUCCUGCUGCUCCUCCUGCCCUCACUGCUCACUCAAGCCAUCUUCCUCCCCUCCCUGCCACUGCCGCCCCUGCGUCCCUCCCCGCAGUGCGUGCUGGCAACUGUGCUGCUGGAGGGGGAGGGGACACCGAUGGGAGGGGACCGAGUGGGACAGACCAAGAACCAUCACUCAUAGUGGCGGUUGCCUCUGCUGCUCCUGCUACUGCUGCCGCCGCCACUGCUGCUGCUGCCACCACCACUGGUGUUGCUUUCUCUUCCGCUGGUGCUCCUGAUGCUGCUGCUGCUGCUGCUGCUGCUGCUGCUGCUGCUGCUGCUGCUGCUGCUGCUGCUGCUGCUGCUGCUGCUGCUGCUGCUGCUGCUGGUCGUUCAACCGAUUCUGUCGCUGGUGAGGAGUCCCUUAGCGAAGGGAAUCAUGCGCGCCCGCCAACGCAUUCCGCGACGUCUCAACAGCCACGUGCAUUGGCGUCGCACGACAUGCGCCCGCCCGUGCAGCAAGUGCGCAUGCGCGGGGCGCUCUCCCUCUUAUCCCGCGUCCCCCGCCGCAGCAGCAGCGCCAACGACGUGGCUGCAGCAGCAGCAGAAGCAGCAGCUGAUAUAGCAGAGGACAGCAGUGGGGGAAGCAGCAGUGGUGGUGGUUGGGGUGGUGGUGGGAGCAAACGAUUCAGCAGAGGGGUUGCCGCUGCUGCUGCUGCUGCUGCUGCUGCUACUGGAGAGAACGCAAGGAGGAGCGCCAGCGGGGGGGCGGUGCAUGGCAGGAGUGCUAGUGCCAGCCGGCCGGCUUGGCUGGUGGAGCAGGAGCAGGAGUUCCCAGGGGAGGUGUAUGUGAUGGGCAAGGUUGUGCAUAUAGUGAGGGAGGAGGUCAGGCCUGCCACGUCAGCAGCAGUGAGCAUGCGGAGGAAAGCGGCAGCGACAACCCCGAGGAGCGGGGAGGGAGGAGGAGGUGGGGGGAAAGAGGGUGGCAUGCCAGGUGGGAAGGAGGAGGGGAGCGCGAGGAAAGGGGGAGGAGGGGCAAGCAAACAGGCAGAGGUUUCUGCGAGGUCUUUGGAAAUCGCUGAGGCUGAUGCAUCGAGGACUGGUUUGCGCAAUAGUGGCGCGGUCCACAUUUAUAUUAUCGAAGGUGACGGUAACGCAGAAGGAGUGAGACAGAGCGGCGACGACUGGCUGCACUGCGAGGCAGGAGCUGGUAGCAAAGCAGGCGGCAGCACGAGUGUAACGAGACACGGUCUGGGGGACGCUGGUGCAACAGCCUGGGAGAGUGGUGUAGUAUCGGGGGAGAGAGACGGAAGUGACGGACGGGAUGGACGGGACGGACGGGCCGGACGGGAUCGAAGGACACAGAAGAGUGACAGAGGGACGCAAGAAGGACCUGAUGAGAACGGACACAAGAUACUGCAAGAGGUCGCGGGGGUUGUGGGGGGUUCCCAGGAGGAGCAGGUGCUGGAGGCGGCAGCAGCCAGGCCGGGGCUCCUGGAGACGUUCCGGUCGCUGGCAGGCAACCCCUUUGCCUCGUCGCGCCACCACGUAUUGUUUAUUCCGAGGGAGUCGCUGCGAGACAUGGUGGUGUCGCCCUCCAUGUUCCUCGACCACCUCCCCUGGAGGAUGUCACAUGCCUUUAAGGAGCUUCUUCAAGACCAUAACAUCCCUGCAUGAUUGCACGGUCUUUUGAAGAGUGACGGUACAUAAAGCAGAGAUGUAUUGUGUCUAAUUCUAAUUACUUACGCAUCUUAAUUUUGUGUAACGUAAUAUAAAACCUCCAGCUGC